AUGACCGAGGCCGAGAAAUGGGGUCUCCCCGGUCUCCUGGCAAAGAUCCGCAGCAACGACGCAUCCUCUGCCUUCACUAUGGGCGUCGACAUCAAUUCGCUCGGUCUUGAUCUGGAUAGUCCCGAACCGCUGUUUGCUACUUUCUCGACCCCUUUCGCCGACAACCGAUCACGUCCUGUCAUUCCAGAGUUUACCCUGCCUGGCGGUUACACAGUCACAAACGUUCCAGCCCUGGCUACGCGCAUGAACGCCUUCUCUGACGAGACCCUCUUCUUCGUCUUCUACCAGAACCCCCGAGAUGUCGUGCAGGAGCUCGCCGCGGGUGAGCUGUACAGCCGCGACUGGCGUUGGCACAAGGAGCUGCAGCAGUGGAUGAUGAAGGAUAGUCAGAUGGCUGCUCCCAUCCGUGUCAGCGAGCGUAGUGAGCGCGGUGUCUACAUCUUCUUCGACGCCAACAACUGGAGACGCGAGCGCAGGGAGUUUGUGCUCAACUACGAUCAUCUGGAUCAGAGACACGGCGCCACCCAGCCCCAGGCUGCACUUUAG